AUGUCGGAUCAAGGAGAAGGCACAGUGGCACUAGAAAAUAGCCAAAAUGAAUUGAGCGAAAAACAAAGCCCCAAUGUUGAGGCAGACGGCGAAGAAAUGGACGACUUGUUCGGGGACGACAGCGAUCAAGAAACGGGCUCUGGCCCAGGGGAACAGGAACCCCACAGCCCCAACUCGGCAAACGAGGAAGAAGACGAUGAGCAAGCCAUGUACAAUAGAAAAUUCUACGGGGACAAAGGCGAGGACUCGAAUGACGAAGGGUCUCAAGAAUUCCGGGAAGCAGACAUAGACAUAAUGAAGCAUAUUGUGCCGUACUCGACCGAACCCUCUCAGGGAGAUAAGACCAUUUACUAUACCAAGGUUCCACAAUUCCUGACGAUAGAUCCCAUACCGUUUGACCCUCCGGCGUUUCAAAGCAAGAUCGAAGAGCGCGCGGCUCAAAGGACGUCUGUUGAAGACCAAAUCGACGACAGGCUCAUAGAAGAAAACACCGUCAGAUGGAGAUACUCCCGUGACAAAAACCAGCGGGUUUUCAAAGAGUCUAACGCGCACAUUGUGCAGUGGUCCGACGGCACGUACUCACUGCGACUGGGAGACGAAUACACGGACGUUCUGAUAAAUGACACUGAGGACACAUAUUUGGCAGUCUCGCACGACCAGCAGGAGCUGAUCCAGUCCGUCAAGGGCGGGGAGGUCACUAAAAAUAUGAUUUUUAUUCCGACAUCCACAAACUCCAAAAGCCACCAAAGGCUCAGCAAGGCUGUUGCCCGCAAAGAACAGCAGGAACAUCACGGACCAAAUACCUACAUCUUGCGUGUUGACCCAGAACUGGAGCAAAAGGAGCUGGAGAAAAAGCAGGGCCAAAUCAUCAGAGAGAGACGCAAGAGGCAGUUGCGGGAGCAACAGGAGCGCGAAGGCAUGGAUUCACCAGCGCCUACUUCUAAGCCUAGGUCCGCCAGCCGGCCCGGUUACAGCCAGACCAGGUACGACGAAUAUGAAGACGACGGAUUUAUGGUUGACGACGAAGAAAAUGAAAGCGACGGCGGAGUCGGCGGCGAUGGUAACGAGGACGAGGAAGACCUACUGGACGAUGAAGAAGAGGAAGACGAUGACGAUCUGAACGCAGAGCGUCUAAGACAGCUCAAGAGAAAGGGAGCUGCCCAGUACAACACCCAAGAGGCCAGCGACAACAACGUGGAAAGUGAUGAUGCUGAAGACUCUGCAAUGAAGAGGCGCAAGGUUGCGGUAUUGGACGACGAAGAUGACGAAUAG